AGUAAAUUUAUUUCAAGUUUUAGCUCUAAGAAACAAAAAUAAUUUUUUUAAUUGAAAACACUUUAAUUGAUGAGUCACUGCGACGCAAACUGCAUGGCAACAGAUGAGUAACUUUCAAAAAGAAAAAAAAGAACAAGAAAAAUAUGGAUUCAUGUUGUCUGAAAAAAGAUCUCUCACGCAAAAAAAUAACCAUCAUCUUGUAUUCAUUUUUUUGGCUUAAGAUCAUUAUUCUUGGUUGCCUCGUCACCAUGCCCUCCAUCUCUCCUCUUUUUUUUUCCCUAGAUUGAAGUCCGCAUUGAAGUUUCGACUAAAUUUGAAUCGUAUACAUUAAAGCCCAUCAUUAUGGGACUACAACUUAUCGUGGUGCAUGCCCCCAUCUCAAUCUCCCCCACCCCACCCCCACACAAUCUUCUUCACCUAUAUAUACUUACUUCCCUGUUCCAGUUUUAGUCAUCUUCACUACCUACUCAAAAAAAUAAGAAGUAUAGCAGCAUUUGUACAAAAAUAUUCACUACUAGAAUCCCCUGUUUUCCAGCCAAAAUCAUUCGGGUUAAUUUUAGUUGAUUGGAAGUUUCAUUCCAUCAAUGGCUGCUUCUGGAUUUGAAGGAUUUGAGAAGAGACUUGAGAUACACUUCUCUGGCGAUGAUCCUGCGAUCGAAAUGGGAGGUCUCCGGCAACUAGAUUUUGAUUCCUUGGAGCAAGUACUACAUGCUGUGCAGUGCACAGUGGUGUCAGCUGUUUCGAAUCAAUAUUUUGAUUCUUACGUACUAUCAGAAUCAAGCCUCUUUGUAUAUCCUACCAAAAUAAUCAUCAAAACUUGUGGAACCACCCAGUUGUUGAAAUCAAUCCGUCCGUUCAUCCAUUUCGCGUGCCAAAUGGGACUUAUCAUAACAGAGUGUAGGUACACUCGAGGAAAUUACAUUUUCCCCAAAGCACAGCCGUAUCCACACACAAGUUUCAAAGAAGAAAUCUCUUAUUUGCAGGAUCAAUUACCUAAUCAUCUUUGCUACAGAAAAGCCUCUGUUAUGCCAUCGAAAUUCACUUCACAUUCAUGGCAUGUUUUCUCUGCUUGUGAUAAGUUUUACCCAAUCCCAAUUCCCAACGAUCAGUAUACCGUGGAAAUUUGUAUGACGGAUCUCGACCUGGUACUUGCCCGGAAGUUUUUUAAGAAUCCGGAUACAACCGGAAAACAGAUGACGGAGGUGACCGGAAUUGGAGAAAUCAUUCCGAGUGCUUUGAUUUGUGAAUUUGCUUUUGAUCCUUGUGGAUACUCCAUGAAUGGGAUUGAUGGAGAUCGCUACUCUACGAUUCAUGUGACGCCGGAAGACGGUUUUAGUUACGCGAGCUAUGAGUGUGUGGGAUCAGUUUAUGAUGAGGACGACAUUGAUAGGAUCUUGAAGAAGGUUGUUCAGGUUUUCCUACCGGGGACAAUGUCAGUGUCCAUUUCGUGUUCGAGCAGCAGCAGCAGCAGUGAGAUUUCUACCAGAAUUGUUAAAGCUGUCGAGCCACUGGGGAUGAAACGGCGGAAUUGCACCAUUGAUGAAUUCCCAGCAGCCGGAACUGUGGUGUUUCAAACUUUUACGUUGACGGGAAAUAGGUGAAUUGUAAUGCUUAAUAUAUCGAGUUUAAAUUCUGAAUUCGUUAUCUUAAAGUGGUGUGAGCGAGGAAAAGGUUUGAAAAAAUAUACGGUGGAAGUAAAGGACUACUAUUUUUACUUGUCUUAUUUAUUUAUAAUGUUAAUAAUCAUUUAGAGUUUAGAUUGAAAAAUUUAAGGUGAAUUGAUAUAUUAUGAUAAUGCAUAUAGAUAUACACCACUUGUGUUUCACUCCUAGAGAAAAUUUUGAACCUCUUAUGAAUCAUUUAUACAGUCAUGUUUCUGUUUUAUUUA